ACCCUGGGGCCUUUUCUGUUGGGCCAGUUUUUCUUCCCUUGGUCACACACGGGCCCUCGCCAUGAAGGGCUUCGCGGCCGCCUUCCUCGUCUGGGCCCUGGUUUCUCCCCAGGGCGGCGGGGAGACCUGGCCCGCACACACGGCCUGCAGGGACGGGAACUUGGAAGUGCUCUACCAGAGCUGCGACCCGCUACAAGAUUUUGGCUUUUCUGCUGACCAGUGUUCCAAACAAUUAAAACCAAAUCUCAACAUUCGAUUUGGAAUCGUUCUGAGAGAGGACAUCGAGGAGCUGUUUCUGGACGUCGCUCUCUUCGCCAAAGGCUCGUCCAUCCUGAAAUUCUCCUACCCCGUCUGUGAAGUGGAUCUUCCCAAGUUUUCUUUCUGCGGAAGAAAGAAAGGAGAGCAGAUUUAUUAUGCCGGCCCUGUCAAUAAUCCUGGAUUCGAAAUUCCCGUGGGAGAGUACCAGGUCCUGCUGGAGCUCUACAACAGAGACCACUCCACCGUGGCCUGCGCCAACGCCACCGUCACCUGCUCCUGAGCAUCUCCAGGCGCCACCAGCUCUGUCUCCGGAGAACCACAGCCCCUCCCGCUGAACCUGCCAUGAGGAAGGACCAGUUGACAGCAGAGGAAGGCUCCUGGAAGGUGCAGGCACCGAUCUCAGGCCCAGGACCAGAGGUCCCCAGACUCCACAGAUGCAGUGAUGCCCCCAAGGACCUGCUCCUUAGGAACUCCUGGGGGUCGCCAGGGUCUCAGGGUCCGUCCUCCUUCCCCAAGUGCUCGCCUGACAACCGCUCCCUGCUUUUCAGCUCCUGGGGGGCCCUUCUUCAGUCACCCAGAAUAAAGAAACCAGCCCACAA